AUGAGCCAACCUACGGUUCAAAUUAUUAGCGUUCAAAUACGGAAUAAUAGCGGCCAGUUACUAAGAUCCCAGAUUAUUGGUGGGCCACAAAAUGCUAAUGGUCAAUUUCAAAGAGCUCUAAAUAUUGGUAUGCUGCCUACGAGAUCUCAGAACACUGCAAAUCUAUCUUCCGAUGCUUUUAUUGCCGUCCAGCAACAUAUGGACUUAAUUAGCGGUACUUAUCCAUUUACUAGAAUUCAAGGAAUAGAAAAUACACAACCGUCACAGAGUACCCGAUUUUCAACGAUGCUGUUUUCAGGGUCAUCCUUCCCAUAA